CCAGGAAAUCCACGAUCUGCUGAGCGACUACGAGCUGAAAUACUGCUUUGUGGACAAAUACAAAGGGACUGCCUUCGUCACCCUUCUCAACGGGGAGCAGGCGGACUGUGCCAUCCGGCGAUUCCACCGCAGCAAAUUACGGGGGGAGAAGGAGAUUUCGGUGCAGCUCCAACCCACCGACGCCCUCCUCUGCAUCUCCAACCUCCCCCAACUCUACACCCAACACCAAUUCGAAGAGCUCGUCCGUCCUUUCGGCAACUUGGAACGUUGUUUUUUGGUCUACAGCCCCAAAACGGGCCAUUCCAAAGGUUACGGUUUCGUAGAAUAUAUGAAAAAAGAUUCGGCCGCCAGAGCCAAAUCGGAUUUGUUGGGGAAACAAUUAGGGACCAGGACUCUCUACGUCCAUUGGACGGACGUCAACCAGUUGACCUUGGAGCUUCUUCAUUCCAAGUGUUUGUGCGUGGACAAGUUGCCCCACAAUUACGCCGACUUGGAGGAGCUACGGCAGGUCUUCUCCGCCCUCUGCCCCCCGACUUUUUGUCAGUUGGCCUACGGGCAGGACGGGCAGCUGAAGGGCUUUGCUGUCCUGGAGUACGACUCGGCGGCCGCGGCCGAGAUGGUCCAACGGAGCACGGACGGGUUGGCGCUCGCCGGGAACCACGUCCGAGUCUCCUUCUGCGCCCCCGGCCCUCCCGGCUGCAGCAUGUUGGCUGCUCUCAUCGCUGCCCAGGCCACGGCUCUGAAUCGUGGAAAAGGGCUUCUCCCCGAGCCCAGCAUCCUCCAAAUCCUCAACAGCCUGGGAAAUCCCGCUUCCCUCCAGCUGCUCCUCAACCCCCUGCUCCACGGGGCCGUCGGAGGCAAACAGGGAAUCCUCGGCGCCGCUCCCUCCGUGCCCUUGGUCACCAACCCGGCCCUUUCCACGGCUCUUCUCCAGCUGGCCCUGCAGAACCAAAGCCAAGCCCAACAGAAGGCAUUGCUUGGGAAUUCCCUCUUACUGCACACCCAGGUCUGGAGCCAGCUGCUGCUGCAGAACAAGGAGAACCAAACCCUCUUCCAUAAACCGGGGAUCCUGGGCGACUCGCCGCUGAGCUCCCUGCCCCACGGCGCCUUGGCUUUGGCCAACGCUCCGGCGCAGCCCCCCAACCAGCUCCUGGGAGAGCUCUCCUCAGGUGGCCCCUUGCCUGGUGAGCUGGCCCAAGGUCACGUCAAAUCCCCCAUUUUACCUUCUGGAAACGUCCCCUUGGCUUCGUUCCUGGCGCCGGUGGGAGUGGAGAGGGACAACUCGGUUUUGGGGGCGCAGCUCACCCCUCCCCCCGUCACCCCCCCGGCCCUGCAGGGUCUCACCACCUCCAUCCUGGGCUCCGUCAUCGGUGGCCUCCAGAAACCAAAGCAGGGCGAGAACGGGCCACCCGCCUCCGGGGUAAGGUCCCACCUCGACACCGGGAUGAACCUGUGGCACCUUUGGGUGGGGGGAGCCACCUCGAGACCCUCAGGGAGCCACCUGAGCCCUUUGAGGAGCCACCCGAGCUACUUAAGGUCCCCAAAGAGCCACCUGAGCCCUUUGAGGAGCCACCCAAGCCCCCCAAAGAGCCACCUGAGCUACUUAAGCCACCUAAGAUCCCCAAGGAGCCACCCAAGACCCUCAAGGAGCCACCUGAGCCCUUUGAGGAGCCACCCAAGCCCCCCAGAGAGCCACCUGACCCCUUGUGAGGAGCCACUCGAGCUACUUAAGGCCCUCAAGGAGCCACCCGAGCUUUUUGAGGAGCCACCCAAGCCCCCAGGGACCCACCAGAGUUGCCCAGGAGCCCCUUGA